GUUCCCAGGCUGGGGGGAUUUGCGGCUGCUUUCCCACCAGCUUUGUGGAUGCCGGAGGGGAAGGGCCGGGCCGGGCAGCACCCGGGCACAGAGCCCUCGAGCCCCCGGGCGGCCGCUCUCUCCAUGCCCCUGCACCCACCGCCACGGGCUGGGCUGGGCACGGAGCGCUGAAGAUGGAGGACCAAAAGGACGCCCUACGGAAGAUCAUCACCACGCUAGCCGUGAAGAACGAGGAGAUCCAGAACUUCAUCUACGCCCUCAAGCAGAUGCUGCAGAACGUGGAGGCGAACUCCACCAAGGUGCAGGAGGACCUGGAGGGGGAGUUCCAGUCCCUGUACUCCCUGCUGGACGAGCUGAAGGAGGGCAUGCUCAUGAAGAUCAAACAGGACCGGGCCAGCCGCACCUACGAGCUGCAGAACCAGCUGGCGGCCUGCACCAAGGCGCUGGAGAGCUCCGAGGAGCUGCUGGAGAUGGCCAACCAGACGCUGGAAGGGGCCGAGAACCACGACUUCAACCAGGCUGCCAAGCAGAUCAAGGAUAGCGUGACGAUGGCCCCGGCGUUCCGGCUCUCGCUCAAGGCCAAGGUGAGCGACAACAUGAGCCACCUGAUGGUGGAUUUCACCCAGGAGCGCCACAUGCUGCAGUCCUUGAAAUUCCUCCCAGUUCCCAGCGCCCCGGAGAUUGACAUGGCCGAGUCACUGGUGGCCGAUAACUGCGUGACGCUGGUGUGGAGGAUGCCCGACGAGGACAGCAAGAUCGACCACUACGUCCUGGAGUACCGCAAGACCAACUUCGAGGGGCCCCCGCGGGUGAAGGAGGACCAGCCCUGGAUGGUGAUCGAGGGCAUCAAGCAGACCGAGUACACCCUAACUGGGCUCAGGUUCGACAUGAAGUACAUGAAUUUCCGCGUCAAAGCCUGUAACAAGGCUGUGGCGGGCGAGUUCUCCGAGCCGGUCACCUUGGAAACCAGAGCAUUCAUGUUCCGCUUGGACGCCAGCACCUGUCACCAGAACCUGAAGGUGGAGGAGCUGAGCGUGGAGUGGGAUGCCAUGGGGGGCAAGGUGCAGGACAUCAAGGCCCGGGAGAAGGACGGGAAGGGCAGGACAGCGUCCCCAGUGAACUCCCCUGCCAGGUGCGUGCAGUCUCCGAAGAGGAUGCCUUCGGCCCGCGGGGGCAGGGACCGCUUCACGGCCGAGUCCUACACAGUGCUGGGCGACUCGUUGAUCGACGGGGGAGACCACUACUGGGAGGUGAGGUACGACCGGGACAGCAAGGCCUUCGGCAUGGGCGUGGCCUACAGGACCCUGGGCAAGUUUGACCAGCUGGGCAAGACCUCGUCCUCCUGGUGCAUCCACCUCAACAACUGGCUGCAGGUCAGCUUCACCGCCAAGCAUAACAACAAGGCCAAGGUCCUGGACAUGCCCGUGCCCGACUGCAUCGGCGUCUACUGCAACUUCCACGAAGGUUUUCUGUCCUUCUACAAUGCUCGAACCAAGCAGCUGCUCCAUUCCUUUAAGGCCAAAUUCACCCAGCCGGUGCUUCCUGCUUUCAUGGUUUGGUGCGGCAGCUUCCACGUCUAUUCUGGACUGCAGGUACCCAGCGCUGUCAAAUGCCUCCAGAAACGAAACAGCGCCACGAGCAGCUCCAACGCCAGCCUGACUUAGACGCACGUGGCCCCCGGCACGGUGGGACCGGGCCACCUCCUGGCUCCCUGCAGCUGGGGAAAGAUGCACUGGGGCCUGUUGAGUUUUCUUUCCUCCCAGUUCCUGGAAGGCUGCUCAAGGCGGAGAAGCU